UAUGCGGCAUGCAGUUCAGGUAUCUAAAAUCCUUUAAGAAGCACCGUCUCAAUCACGCCCUCGAGCGGUUGCAGCGCGCGCCCGAACCUCAGAGCAGCGUCGUCGUCGUCUCGGCGCCGGCCGAGCGCAGCGAUCAGGUCUCGAGCACCGGCGAGCCGUCCCAGGUGGAGACCGGUAGCGAUACCACGACGAAUCCGGGCGACGCCGAGGAGAUACGCGGCGUAUUCUCCGAGGGCGCGCGCGGCGACGAGAGCGUCUCGGAGACCGCGAGCGUUCAGGAGAAUCCCGGCGAUGCGGUGGAGGUACAGAUGACAGAGACCACCGCCGCUGGAGUCGGCGGGAUUGGUAGCGGCGGUGGCGGCAGCGGCGGCGGUGGUACCAGCAGUGAGGCCGGCGACGUGGACGAUAAUGCCGUCGACGACGAUCGGCACGAGCCCACCGAGGCGAUGAUCGGCCUCGCGCGAAGCGGUACUCGCGAGGCCGAUCGCCGCGAGCGGCGCUUCGCUUGUCCAUUCUGCGGCAAAUGCGUCAGGUCUAAGGAAAAUCUGAAGCUGCACGUGCGCAAGCACACCGGCGAACGGCCGUUCGUUUGCCUGUUCUGCGGCCGCGCCUUCGGCGGCAAGAGCGACCUGACGAGGCAUCUACGCAUCCACACUGGCGAACGGCCGUACCACUGCGAGAUGUGCGGCAAAUGUUUCGCGCGGGCUGACUACCUCUCCAAGCAUCUCACCACGCACAUCCACCAGCGCUAACGCGAUUGCAACUCGGCUCAUCCGCCUCGGCCUCCUCGGAGCCGAAGAGCAACGCGUCGACGUACCUCCUUCUCUCCGGUACGUCCCUCCGCGCGUUGAUGCGCCACGACCGCCGCGAGAUGACUCGAGGACUGAUCUCGCAAAAUGAUACGAAUAACACAGAAUAUUAGAUAUAACACUUUAAUAACGAGCAGAAUAGAAGAAACGGCAUUCUCUUUGUGCGCUCAACGGCAGAUGUUACGUGUUACGUAUAGAGUAAUAGUGCGGGGAGCAAAUUAUCUACUUUAUGUGCUAAUUAUUUCUCUCCGAUAACGCUAUUCGGAAGACAGAAACUCACUUCCUCACUUCCACUAAUAAAAGUGCCGCAAGGCGAUAACGGCAAUAAUUCUGAAUGUUGCUUAACUGAUUCGCACUUUAGUAUCCAGAUUAAAAUCCAGAUUUUGGAAUAUUCGAUCGUUCACGAGAUCAUACCUCGAGUCCGCGUCGGUUAUCAUUGACGCUUUCGGCUGAUCGUUGCCGAGCGAAAAUCGUUCUGCUCGCAAAGAGUACAAGCAUUGGAUGAAACUGCUGAAGGAUUUCUACUGAGAGGAAGAAAGACGCAAAAAAA